AUGGAUGCAGCGAGGAGGAAGGAAAUCGAGUUGCAAACCCAGUCCAAGAGGAAGGCCAAUGACACCUCCUCCAAGACAUCCGGAGAUGCCCAGAAAAAGCAAAAGCAGGGUGGUAAGUCAAGGUAUGAGUACCGGCCGUCUUCAUGUCAGGGCGAGAAAAAUCCGUUGAUAUGCUACAACUGCAAAAAGCCAGGGCAUCAUUGGAAGAAUUGUAGGGCUCCUCCUGCGAGUGAAGUUCCCCAGAUUACUUCUGCUGCUCCCGUCUGCUAUCAUUGCAAUGAAACGGGACACAAGAAGCCUGAAUGCCCGAAGUUGAAGGCUGGCUCUUAUUUGCUAGAUUCUGAGCCCGCUGUUGUUAUGUUUGAUAGCGGUGCUACCCAUUCUUUUGUAUCUCGCACGUUUAUUAAUCGUUUGGGGCAUAGUAUCGGAAAAUUGGCUCGCCCAAUAGUUGUCGAAGUUGCCGACAACCGCACUAUUUAUGUCAUCGAUGUUUAUCGGGGUUGCACUCUCGAGUUUUCUGGAGUUGAAUUCCCUAUUGAUCUUAUCCCUAUUGCGAUGCGAGAGCUCUACGUUAUCGUAGGCAUGGAUUGGCUUGAUGCGUUUGAUGCGGAAAUCCACUAA